AUGUUCUUCUUUUUCACCUGCGGCGAACACACCUUCACGUCGCGCCUCAAGGGCUACGAGAACGUCACCGCCCAGUGCCAGAACUGCGGCAAUUUCAGCGGCCACGUCUACAAGCGAUGGCAAUGGUUCACGCUCUGCUUCGUGCCCAUCAUUCCCUUCAGCUUCAAGCCGUGGCACGAGGUCGGCUGCCACAUCUGCAACUUCUACCAGGAUAUCAAAUACCGCCCUGACGUGCAAGCCCAGGCCAACGGCGGCCAGGGCAUGCCGAUGCAAAACUACGGCCCGCCGCCCGGCGUGCCCGAUCAGCAGCAGCAGCACCCGCAGUACAAGUGA